AAGGAUAAUAAAGUGUGUAUGAAAAUAAACAAUAUUUUUUUAAACAAAUUUUAUAAAUAAUUUUUAAAAAUUAAAAAAAUAUAUAGUUUAUAUAAUCAUAAUUAAAAUAAAUAAAAAACUAUUCAUUAUAACAUUUUAACAAAACUUUUGCUUUCAUUGAUGUUGUAACAUUGCAAACGGCAGCAACUUGCAACCAAACAUUCGUUAACGCAGCUGAUACAAUAUGUCAUUGGCUGGUGCUGUGGCUGCCACAAUGGCUGCAACAGCCUCAACAUUACCUUCACCUCUACAAGUUGUAGUUGCUAAGCCUGUUUCCAUGACUCUAAUAUUAAGCCUCUUCACCUUGGCUUUGUUGGGCAGCAAAGCUGCUGGACAGGAAUUGGCAGCGACGUGGGAAACACCACCGGCCUUGGAAACAUUUUCUAGUUAUGAGGAUAUGCAACGUUACUUUGAUCAUCGUAAUCAAAGAAGAUUAAGACACUUGGAAAAUCCUUUAGAUGAUUCCUACAUUGAAGCCUACAAUCAAUACAAUGAACAUGAGGAACAUAGAGCUAAACGUGCAGCUGCCAAUGAAGAGCAACAGCAGAAACAAUUAAAACAACCUACCUUAAUAAGAUUUGAAAUGACUGAUGCUGUGGAGCCUAGUGAGGAGGUUAAGGAUUUGAUACGUCAAUAUAAAAGUAGAGAAUUGCAGCAGAAUAAAAAAUACAUGGAAAUAGUGCCUCCUAUGAAUAGUAAAAACCCCGAAUCUUCGGACAAACCCAUAGUAAAGAGAGCUCCCGAAAAUAAUAAUAUUGGAAAACAAAAGGUUUUUGGCAAACGUUUAAAUAGACCUAAACGUUCUACGGGACAACAACCACAACAACCGGCCAAUUUUAGAGUUAAAUAUAUACCCUUUGAGGCUUCAGAUGCUCGAGAACCUGAUCCUCAAACUUUAUUCAUAAUCAAACGUAUGCGUGCUUUGGAAAUUGAAAAGCAAUCGAAAGAGCUACCCAUAAAUCAACCUAGUUCGCAGGCAAAUGAAGAUAAUUUGGAUGAGGAAAUUAGUACUACAACCAAAGAACCAUUUCUAAAACGUUCUAAAUACACCAAACAAUGGAAACCUAAAAGAGUGAGACGUGAAGCUUCUGCACCUGAAAUGAUUAAGUUUGAAAUAAGUGAUGCUAAGGAUCCUGAUCCUUCUCUCAAGACUUUUAUGGAAAACAAACAGACUAGAGAAACCAAAGAUUUGAAAUUGGAAAGUAAAGCUGAUACGAAGGCAGCAGAGGCCACUGAUACAGCGACAGGUGAUCAAAGUGCCCAGUCUACUCAAAGACUUUUUACGUUGAAAGAUUCUCCCACAAAAGUGAAGAAAUCUAUAGCUGCCAUACCUCAUGAUGUGCAAAAUAUUAUCUCGUAUUUAAGUAAGGGAGGUGGAGGAGGCGGUCAUGGUGGUGGAGGUGGUUAUGGAGGUAAAGCAUAUUUGAAAUAUAUACCAGCCCAACAAAUAGACUAUAAUAAUUUUAAAGUUGCUUAUCCCAUUGCUAAAGGAGGAGGCGGUGGAGGUGCCAUUUAUGGUCAUGGCGGCGGUUAUGGUGGUGGUGGAGGUUAUGGAAAAUUUGGAAAUGCAGUUCCAGUUAAAUUUGUUUACCAUCCAGUAGCUUUAGGACCUGUAGGCGGUCAUGGUGGUGGUGGAGGAGGAGGAGGUCAUGGCUAUGCUGUAGGUGGAGGUGGUGGUCAUGGUUAUGCCGUAGGAGGUGGUGGUCAUGGCUAUGCAGCUGGUGGUGGUGGUGGUCAUGUGGGAGGAGGUGGUGGUGUUGCUGUAGCAUUACCAGUCAAAUAUGUGGCCGUGGGAGGUGGUGAAGCAGGCUAUGGUGGUGGAGAGGGUGGUCAUGGCGGUGGUUAUGGAGGAAAAGCAGGUGGAGGCGGUGGUGGUUAUGAAGCCGCUGGUGUGGCUGUUAAAUAUGUAGCUGCUGUUGGCGGUGGUGAGGAGGGAGGGUAUGGUGGUGGCUAUGGAGGAGGUGGCGGGGGACAUGGCGGUGGUUAUGGUAGUGGGGAAGUAGUUGAUGAUGGUGGUAAAGGUGGAGGAGGCGGUGGAGGAGGUGGUCAUGCUGUAGUCUAUGCCGCUAGUGCAGAAGCUUAUGGAGCAGGGGGUGAAGGAGGUGGUUAUGCUGCCGAAGGAGGUGGUCAUGGUGGCAAUGCUGCCGAGGGCGGAGGUGGUGGUCAUGGUGGUGGUGGCGGCUAUGCCUUGGCUGGUCAUGGUGGUGGUUAUGCUGGUUUGGGCGGUCAUGCUGGUGGUGCCAUUUUAGCUGGACAUGGCGGAGGUGGUGGCGGUGAAGUUGCUGUGGUAGCAGCACAUGCCCCCGCAGCCAUAGUACAUCCUAUAGUCGUUGCUGAGGCUGGCGGUGGUGGUGGACAAAAGGGCGGAGGUUACGGUGGUGGUCAUGCUGGAGGUGCUGGUAAUGAGGUAAUUAAAGCUAUUCCAGCACCGCAGUUUAAGGGUGAAACCAAGUAUAGUGUAGUACCAACUGUUGAGCAGUAUGCCAAAACCCCUACACAAGAUUUCCAUCUAAAGCUUUACUCACCCGAAUCUCUGAUAGCGAAAGCUCAACUAGAAGCCAAAGAUAAAGCCAAGGCUAUUGUGGAGGAGGGUCAAAAAGCGGUGGCAGCAGCCUAUGAUUUAGCAGCUGGUAAAGGAGGAGGUUAUGGUGGCGGAAAGGGUGGAGGUGGUGCUGCAGAAGGAGGUUUUGGUUUUAAACUUGGUGGUGGCUAUGGGGGAGGAGGAGAUGGAGGUUAUGGAGGUGCCAAAGGUGGAGGUGGAUAUGGUGGUGGCGAAGGUGGCUAUGGGGGAGGAAAAGGCUUAGGAGGCUUUGGAGGCGGAGAAGGUGGCUAUGGGGGAGGUAAAGGUGGAGCCGGUUAUGGAGGUGGAGAAAUAGCAUUUGUAGGUGGUAAAGGCGGUGGUGGCGGCUAUGGAGGAGGUGAGGGUGGUUAUGGAGGAGGCAAAGGUGGUGGAGGCUAUGGCGGUGAACUAGGUUAUGCUGGCGGCAAAGGUAGUGGCGGCUUUGGAGGAGGUGAGGGUGGUUAUGGAGGAGGCAAAGGUGGUGGAGGCUAUGGCGGUGAACUAGGUUUUGGUGGCGGCAAAGGUGGUGGCGGCUUUGGAGGUGGUGAAGGAGGUUAUGGAGGAGGCAAAGGUGGUGGAGGCUAUGGCGGAGAACUAGGUUAUGCUGGCGGCAAGGGAGGUGGAGGUUAUGGCGGUGGGGGUGAAAUAGGUUAUGCCGGUGGCAAAGGAGGUGCAGGCUAUGAUGGUGGUGAAGCAGGUUAUGGAGGAGGAAAAGGUGGUGGAGGCGGCGGCUAUGGGGGAGGUGAAGGAGGUUAUGGUGGAGGAAAAGGUGGCGGAGGCUAUGGUGGUGGCGGUGCUGCUGCUGGUCCUGUUAUUAAAAUUGAAUACCAUGCUCCAGCUGAAUCAUUUAAGGGCAACUACAAGGAUAUACCAGAAUUUCAGCAGCUUUCCUCGUUGGUAGGCAAAUCUCCGGAAGACCAAAUACAUGGUCUUACUUAUUUAUUAGCCAAAGAAAUGCAAAAUCGUUUACAUUUGCAGCGUCAACACAAUCUUGGAGGCGGAGGCGGCGGUGGUGGUAAGGGUGCCGGUGGUUAUGGCGGUGGAAAAGGUUUAGGUGGAGGUGGCGGCUAUGGAGGAGAAGUUGCCGCAGCAAAACCACUAGAAAACAAAGCUCCUGUGCUCUUCGAGCCACAAGAAGCUGAAGGAGGCAAAGGGGCAGGAGGUGGUGGAGCUUUCUAUCAGCCUAUAGUGGGUAAAUAUAUAGGCAUGGCCAAGUCAAAGCAAUAUAUACCAGUUAUCGAACAAGGAGCCUUGGAAGAACUUAAAGGUGGUGGUGGAGGCGGUGGAGCUGGUGGGGAAGGAGCUAAAGGUGGUUUCGGCGGUGGUGGUGGAGGAGGAGGUGGUAAAAUUGCCGCCUAUUCGGGUUAUGGUCUUUCACCCAAUUAUAAAGGUUUAGGUGGACUUAAAGGCUUUGGUGCUGGAUUGGGUGCUAAAGGUAUUGCUGCUGGUGGAGCAGCAGAAGGUUAUAAUGCUCAAACCUAUGAAGCGGCGGCUGCUAAGUUGCAGUCGUAUGCCUCAAAGUAUGCAUUUGGUUAUCGUAUACGUGAUUUUAAUACCGGCAAUGAUUUUGGUCACAAACAAAAUCGUGAUUUGAAUGGUGUGACAAGGGGUCAAUAUCACAUUUUAUUACCGGAUGGUCGCAUACAAAAUGUCAUUUAUCAUGCUGAUGAUACAGGAUUUCAUGCGGAUGUUAGUUUUGAAUCAGGACGCUAACGAAAACUACAACUACUACUAUAAUCUAAAUAUAUAGUUUUCCACUCUCUCUAACUCACUCUGUGUGUAUCUCUUCUACUCCUUUAAUAAUUUAAAAUUUAUAAAGAAGAAAGAACUGUUCGAGUUUAUAUGCAUGUGCUGUUGGCCACAAAAUUUCAAAUUUCAUCUAUAAUUUGCAUAUAAGGAAGGUAUUUAUAUAGAUAUAAAUAUACAUAAAAAUUAUUAUUAUUAUUAAACUGGUUACUAUUGUGCUCUUUUGUUUUAACUUUAAAUUAUUAAAACAUAUAAACAACAAGAGUAAAAAUUUAUGAUUUACUAUAACUCUUAAAUUUACAUUUUACAUUACAACUAUUUCCACUUCCUUAAUAUACAAACCACCAAAAACGAAAAUUUACAUUACAAACUGACAAACUUACAGAAAAAAAAAUUCAUAAAAAUUUAUGAAUAUUUGAAUAUUAAAAAUAUUGAAUUUAUAUUUUUCAUGCCCCCUACAAAAAUUUAUUUAU